GUUUAGACACUACUUCCUCAAUGUGUAAUAUAUUACACCUCUACCCUAAAUAUAGUGUGUAAUGCAUAAUGUAUCUAUAGCCAGACAUAUGUAUCAAUAUUUUAUUUGAUAUGUUGAUAUCGUCAUUAGAACGCCUUGCGCGUCAACAAUUCUCCUUCCUACAAAGGAGAGCAGUUGUCCAAUCAAGCUUCGCCAAGUCAAGCAGCAACAGCAAUAUCGCAGAGAAACUACCUUUCAAAGUAACAAGGACUCCCUCGGGUAACCUAGCAGUUUACGUCAAGAUAAGAGCUCAUGGAACUUUGGUAUAUACUGUUAUAAGACAUAUAUACGGUGAUGUAGAUGCAAUGAAAAAGCAAUUGCGCAUACUUUGUGAAUCUCCAGUACGUGAGAGACUUGGAAGUCUAGAAGUACAUGGACUUCAUGUCAAAAAAAUUAAAAGGUGGUUGGUACAAUGCGGAUUCUAGCCAUUGCAACCAAUAGACAAAAUACUUGAAGCAACGCGCAAAUCAAACA